UCUCUCCGACGCACAUCGCCCCAUCAUGGAUCGCCGCCUCUCCCCCCUCCUCCUCGCCGCCGCCGCCGCCGCCCUCCUCGCCGCCGCCGCCGCCGCCCUCGCCUCCUCCGACGACGGCGAAGCGCUGAUCAGGCAGGUGGUGGACGGCGCCGACGGCGAAGGGCGGCGGGGCGCCGCCCUGUCCGACCACCACCACUUCUCGCUCUUCCAGAGGAGGUUCGGGAGGUCGUACGGCUCCCGGGAGGAGCACGACUACAGGUUCGGGGUCUUCCGCGCGAACCUCCGCCGCGCGAGGCGGCACCAGAAGCUCGACCCCUCCGCUGUCCACGGCGUGACGCAGUUCUCCGAUCUGACCCCGUCGGAGUUCAGGAGGGCGCACCUGGGGCUCCGGGGCAAGGUCAAGCUGCCCAAGGACGCGAACCAGGCGCCGAUCUUGCCCACCGAGGAUCUGCCGGGGGAUUUCGACUGGAGAGAUCACGGAGCCGUCACCGGCGUAAAAAAUCAGGGUUCAUGCGGAUCGUGCUGGAGUUUCAGUACCACCGGAGCCUUGGAAGGCGCACACUACCUUGCAACCGGGAAACUCGUUAGCCUCAGCGAGCAACAGCUUGUGGACUGUGAUCACGAGUGUGAUCCAGAAGAACCAGGUUCCUGCGACUCAGGUUGCAAUGGUGGUUUGAUGAACAGUGCCUUUGAGUACACUCUCAAAGCCGGCGGCCUUAUGCGAGAAGAAGACUACCCAUACACCAGUACUGAUCGUGCUGGUUGCAAAUUUGACAAGUCAAAGAUAGCGGCAUCCGUAGCCAACUUCAGCGUUGUUUCCCUUGAUGAGGAUCAAAUUGCUGCAAAUCUCGUGAAGAACGGUCCUCUAGCAAUUGCCAUCAAUGCAGUGUUCAUGCAGACGUAUGUUGGGGGUGUUUCAUGCCCAUACAUAUGCUCUAAGAGGUUGGAUCACGGGGUCUUGCUGGUGGGGUAUGGCUCUGCUGGUUAUUCUCCCAUCAGAAUGAAGGAAAAGCCCUACUGGAUCAUAAAGAACUCAUGGGGAGAGAACUGGGGAGAGAAUGGAUUUUACAAAAUCUGCAGGGGCCGCAAUAUAUGCGGAGUGGACUCCAUGGUUUCCACCGUCGCUGCUAUUCACACCGCUAAACAGUAGGUUAACUAUUACCUCCGCAAGCUGUUCCACCGCUUUACAGUAGGUUGACCAUAACCUAUGCAUGUACAUAAGGCGUGUUAUAUUAUGGUGGCAAUUUGGCUUCAUGAACGAAAUUUUAGUUCACCGAUUCUACGAAAACAUUCAUCUGAUGCAAUGUUGAUGAAAUUGUACCGCAACUGGAAUGUUAGUUUAUGUUUUAUUUCCAUUAUCAUA